AUGCCUGAAUCCUCUUCUGUGCCAGGUGUUUCACAAGGUAGUAGUACCGACAAGCCAAAGCCAUGCUGUGUGUGCAAGCCCGAGAAGGAAGCGAGAGACAGCUGUCUGCUGUUCAACGGCGUGGAUGCGGUCAAGUGCCAGGAACUGGUGCAAAAGUACAAGGACUGCAUGAAAGGCUACGGCUUUGAGGUGUAA